AUGUCCGUGUUCAGUUUUGACACUUUUGAUAAAGGAGUGGACAAUAUCGGAGAUGGUACAAUGCUUACCGACAGCGCUAGGAAUUAUUUUUUCCUUAUCAACCAUGUUGUUAUUAGCACAUUUAUUUGCCUUUUUGGGAUUGUGGGUAACUGUUUCAAUAUCACAGUGUUUCUUAGGCAGGGGCUGCGCAAGUCUCAAAACUUGAGCCUCAUGGCUAUUUCCGUUUCGGAUCUGAUAGAAGUGGUUUUGCAAGUUUGGCACAAUUUCUGUUUGAAUCCUUUCGUGGAGAAUUUAGAAGCUCCGGUUUCUUUCAUACAGGUACAGUAUCUGACAGCUGGGAUGCCGAAUGGUGCAGCGAUAAGAAUAACAGAGUGGGUCACAACGUUCAUGGCUCUGGAAAGAUGUUUGUCCAUCGCCAUGCCAUUAAAGAUCAAGCAGUUGAUUACAUUCAAGCGAACGGCCUGCAUAAUCAUCUUGAUAUACAUCCUGAAUGUAUCAACCCUCACUCCUUUCUACCUGUCAGCAUAUUUUAGCUGGAACUUUAACCCCAAGCUGAACAUCACCCAGCUCGGCAUCGCCUUCAGAGGCAACAAGCUGGAGAUGCAGGGGCUAGUCUUCCUCUUCCACGCCUCCCUGUCCGUGAUCCCAUUCCUCCUCGUCGUCAUAUUCACCGCCAUUUUGGUUGUCAAGCUGAAGCAGACGUCAAAAUGGCGGAAGCAGGUGACCCACAUAAAUGACCAGAACGAGGCUGCGUCUGCUCGCGAGAGGAAAACCGUUGUGCUGACGAUUGCGGUAGCCAUUGUUCUAAUCGUCUGCUACACUCCAGUCGUGGUCUACUCCAUCACGACAGCAAUAACGCCAGACUUCGCCAUCACUGGGAGGCAAGCCAAUGUCUAUCACGCUGCAUUCUCCUUCGCCUUUGUCCUCCAUUCUUUCAACUCCAGCAUCAACGUGGUGGUCUACUACAAGAUGAGCUCCAGGUACAGACAGACAUUUCAGGAACUCUUCUUCGCAAGGAAGAGCAGAAAGGGUGGUCAGCAGCAAAAAAAACACUACUUUUCUGUCAAACCAUUUUCUAAUUCCUUAUAG